UAGUGUACGGAUUCACCUGUACAGGCACCAGGGUGGAAUUUAAAUUCCCCUUGGGUUCAGUGUCGACCUUUUCAAACUCUGGAGCUUGAGUCAUUCAUGGCACACCUUUAGUAGAGAUUCGUCUCCAGGCACACGUCCCCUAGGCUGAUUCAGCAUCGAUUGGAGGUCAAAAUGGUAGACGCUUCCCAUUUCUUCUCUCAUCUGCACCUGUUGGGUGCGAUGGUUUGCGCGUUGGUAGUGAUAGGGGCUGGCGGUGCGUACAACAUACCGGACGAGCUGGUACACUGUUAUCGCGGAAACGCAACAUUACCAGGGCCACCACACACGGUACAGUUGCUGCUGGAGCUGAUACGCAAAAUCGAGCGUCACAAUCCGACCACGCUUGAGAUGCGUUUACUCAGUGCGGAGCUUGUGCACCGACUGCGUGUGGAUGGCAUUGAGAACGUUGCGGGUGUCGCGGAAUCGGAAUGGGUCACACCGUACAGUCCGCGAGGAAUAGGGGUUCCGAAGUUCACGCUGCUACGCCAGCUGGUCUCCAACGUACCGGGGCGAAUCGAUUUUGAAACCUUCCUCACACCGUCUGAGAUCUGCAAUCUGCAUCGAAUGUUGAGCAGCUCGGUGGAACCGCUGCAGCGUGAUGACGAACGCCUCACCUGCCCUCAGACGCUUAUGAGUGCCGAUGGUAAUCCGCAGGCUCCUUGGAUAACGCAGAAUAAGGCACAGAAAUCCGACUCGAAUAGGACAACCUUCGCCCGGCCGAUCUCACGAUGUCCCCUAGAAUUGGGAACCUGUCGUACCCAGGACUACGGUACGAUCGCUCCCGGUAUCGUGAUCAUGUCGAUCGCAGCCGGAUUGCAACCACAGAACGUUCUCAUCAGCGAGUUUGUGACGGCUUACCGGAAGCACAAUCCGUACGAGAACCUCGAGACGAUGGAAACGGCCGAUACGCGGAAACAAAUUGAGAAACUGUUCGCUUCCCUGGAGUCCAUCGACAACAUGUACGCGGCCGGUCUGGUCGGGGAUUUGGCCGAGGUAGCCUUCUACCAGGGUCCAACGCUUGUCACCAACGUGAGCGUAGGAUUGGCCGGAGCAUGGAACGAUACGUUAUUGCCCCGGGCACGCUACCUGGCCGAGAAUCACGGUGGCCGAUGGGAGAUGACCGACAGCGAGAUCCUCGCUGGCAUAGACGGACACUAUCUCGCCCAGAAUGUCCCCCAGUUCGUGAAGCGUUUGCGAAGACUCCGCCUGUCGCAGGUACUCGAGAUGUACUACAGUGAUCGCGGUAUUCCGGUUACAUCGAUCGAACAGGUCGCUCGUCGCAAGCGACCAACGAAACGGCCAAGCCGUCAUGCCGAACUGCGGCAUGAUGAUGAUGAACGGGUUUCGCGUGGUUCCCGGUUUCGCAGUCUGUUCGAUGAGGAGCGGGAACAUGCCCAACAUGGUAGCCAGCUACAAUCCGAGGAGAUUACGCGUGCCUGCCAGCGUAGGGAGAUUCUGCGCUCGAUCGAACCGGACAAGCUGAAGCAGGAAACGUUCAAGUUUGUCGAACUGUUGCAGUAUACGGCGGGCAGCGUGAUCGUGUCGGAUCAGUUGAUGCAGCGGAUCUGUGAUGCCACGGUGGAUCGGUUUUUUGAGCAGGCCAAUCUACUGCUGGACACUGCCGUCGCCAGCUGUCCUAUAGACGCGAGAUCGUUAGGGAAACAGUUGGUGCGGAAAACGAACGUGGAUCUUACCGUGGUGAUCGAUGGUUCACGGAAUGAGUACCAGAGUCUGCAGCUUAUCUCAUAUCUGGUGGAGUUGAUUGAAGUGUCCCAUUACGGAUCGUACAUCUCCGUCGUGCACGGUGCAACCGGUCAAUACAUGGUGAACCGGACCAACAGCAUUUCCCAUGCCUUUGAGCAGCUUGAACGGUUUCAAGGAUCUUUUCCCCGUCAGUUAUCGCUCUCCAACAGUUUCGCAGCGAUUGUGGAAACAUUGUCCCGGCAAAUGGACCAGGAGCGGGCGAGCUUUACGACUGGAGCUAACACCCCAGUGAUACUGGUCUUUGCCCAGUCGUACCGCAUAGCCAAUGCAGACUUUGAGAGUGCGCGCCGUAUGCUGCGAGGAUCGUAUGAACAGUUUCCCGAUCUUUACUUUACAUUCGUGACCAACGAUCCGGCCACGUUCAGGCAGUUGGUUAACUUUAACGAUACACCCCACAGUCGGGCGAAGGACGAGCACUACAAUAUCGUAGACUCAUCGAUCACGUCAGUCGACAGUUUCUCUGGCACGAUCAGUGAGGUGCUUAACAAUGUGCCGCAGCGACUAGUAGCCCCCGAUUGCCACUCGCCCGACAAUCGUAACCUUUGGCGUGAUACGUUGGUGCGCGAGGAGCUGGAGCAGUAUCUAACGCCCGGGGAAGAGCUGCGCUACCGAUUGGCACAUUCGCUUCUGCGCCACGGUGGUGACGUACGGGUGCUGUUUAUGAACACGGACUAUGGCGAGUUCACCGUAUGCGAAGGGCGUGAUUGGCGUGUGCCACCUUCCAACUGCCAAAGCACGGGUCCGGGACAGGAAAGUCUUUGGUUCAACUACACGCGUCCUUGCGGGGGGCUGGGUGAAACGGAGUGCCGUUCCAUCUACUUCGCCGUGCGGAUGGAUAGUUCGUACAUGAAGUGCAACGAGAAUGAUUGCCGGUUCCCGGACCAAGUUCGAUUCGUAGUACGCCAUGAAGGGCUAAGAUGCCGGGGGGGACAGGGCAAUGGAACGGCUUCAUUGUUGAGCUUCCGGUUGUUGAACCUGCUGUUAGCAUUAGGCAUUACAUUCAGAUUAAGGAGCUACUUUUAACCAGCAGAGUACAAUUUUAGAUGUUGAACUAUUUAACUUGCAGAUAGAACAUUGCAGAGUGGUUUUACCAUGAUACCUUAUAGUUAGUUAAGUGUGUUGACACGUUACGCUAUUAAAACAUAUUUCGUUUUAGAACAAUCA